AUGCGUCUUGCAGCUUUUCUGGCCUUGGCCAGCCUUGCAACGCUUGGCUCAACAGACGUGCUGGACUUGGGAGACUUGAAGCAGUACAAUGCUAGGACGGACGUGAAAGCCCCCACGCUCAGCGGAAACACGAUAUGGCUUUCUGGCCGGGACAACGAGGGCUACGAUGUCGUGCUCUCACCUGACACGCAAGCCAAGGCCCGCGGCAUCCUUGAGGGUUGUGGCAAAGCCGAUAACAAAUGCUACAAUGAUGUACGCAACUUUCUGCAGACAUCUCAUGUCGAAAUCGACGGUCAGCUUGAGCGUCGUGGGUUUCUUCAACUUCUCACCAAAACGUUCCGAAAACUGGGGUCUGUCUUUGGGUUCAUUGCAGCGGCCAUGAUCGCCGACUGGCAACUGCGGCAUAACACGCAACCGCCUCCCCUGUUUGUGCCUCACAAUAUGGCCAGCUCAGCAUCGAAGCUGUCGGGGGCCACCGGACUUGUCAUCUCCGCCCAGGGCACGCCGGUUGUCACGGUCACACAGACAGCAGCCCCGACGUCCCUUCAGGGGACACAGACGCCUUCUGUCACGCCAGUGACGGAGCCACACGACAACUUUGCCAAGGGAGACAUCUCCGUCGUGCUGCAGAGCGAUUUCGCCAGGCGCGUUGACGAGAUCAUGCAUCGCAUGACGAACUGCGAGGAUGGCUACAAGUUCGAUAAGGGCUCGACGCGCCGGAGAAAGCGUGUUGCUGGGUCGUACGGGAAAGCCAUCUGCGCUGCCGAAGCUGCGGCCAUGAUGGCGCAAAGCGGCGGAGCGCUUAAUGACUUCGUCUUGAUGAACCCGACGCAGUUACGCUUUAGCUACACGGACUCUGUUGCAGCUGUGGCACGCGCGGCGAACAUUGUCAAUGAGUUCAUUCGGGAGUACGCCGCCUUGGUGGAUAUCAGCGCGGAACUCGCGACGCAGCUUUCCAACGUCUUGUUCGGCCUGGCGUUGCGUACCAUUGUCGACGGCACCACCCUCGGGGAGAACAACCGCAUCCCGGCGUCGUUGAUCAAGGUAUCGGCAUCGCCCACCGGAAGCCACCCUUCGUCCACAGCUACGGGCUGCCCUGACCCGGAGAAAAAUCCACUCACGUGUGGAACCGGCGAGAAGGACGACUGCAAGAUGAGAGCGCCCAAGAAGCCUGGGGACAGCCCGGUCUGUGAUGCGGGCGAACACAAAGACUGCGAGUGCUCUGCGGGCGUCAUCUGGGACAUAGAGACCGUCUCUGACGCACAGCAAAAGGCCAUGCUCGCCAUUGCCGCACUGCACAAGAAGCUCGGCGGUGGUGGCAAAGGCGACCCCAAACCCGGAAACAACAAGCCCGACUGCAACCCCUACGAUCUUAGUGUCAUUCCCUCCAACGUGUUCAGGAACCCCAACGCCCCGGAGAAGAACGUGUACCACCACUUUUGUGAGAAAUGGUACAAGGAAAGCAAGCUCGAGAUGACUGUUGACGCCGCAGGCAACAACAAGAAGCCCGAACCUCACCUCAAGUCCGUCAUUAAGCGGACGCCGCCGCCGGAUCCGAGCAACUGGUCAAAGUACGACUUCAACCUAAGUUUCAAGCCCGCAGAGGGGAAGAAGGAAUGCGCAAUGGACUGCAAGGCAGCAUACGCACUGAUGUCAACGGCGUGCUCCAAUUCAGGCGCAAUGAGCGUGCCCAUGUCGAAAGGUGGGAAACUCGACGUGGGCUGCGGGGUCUUCGACUACAGCAUCUCAGAGGACAAGAAUAUUGUCCCGCUCAAGGCUCAGGACCGGCAUUGCUUCGCGCCGGAUGAGUUUGGCAAGCACCGCGACAUCCAUCCCGGCUCCGUGAGCUCCUAUAGUGGCUGGCCUUGCACCGGCACGGCACUGAAGCCGGUCCGACGCGGCGACGAUUCCACCUUUAUAAAGUUCAAGACGACGGAGGACGACGUGGCCUACCAGUACAGCGUGGUGUGGAAGCAAGGCUGUAGCCUAGACAGCGGGGUGGACGCAAUCUAUGCCUCGAACCCACUCGCGAUCAAGGACCCCGGCCACACGGCCUGCCAGCAGACAUUCAUUGACAACUACAAGGAGUGUCUGAAUGGAGGCAUUGGAGGAAAUAUCCAGAUUGGCUGCCUUGUGUAUGAGUUUAAAGCGCAACCCGCCUGA